GUUGCCUGGUGACGGUCAGCUAGCAGUUUGUCAAAGGCGGCCAGUGAGCUGCCAUGAAAACAUCACCUUCGUUGGUGGGUGGAUGGAUGGGCCCUCUUUUGAAAAAUUAUUCUCCAAUACUGACACAGUGAAAGCGAGUGGAUGGGUGGGGUGGCUGGCAGCUGGCCACGCCCCCACCGCCUGAGCGGUGCCAUGCCCGUUUCACCUGAGGACGAGCUGUGACGCUGGCGAUGUCAUGAAUAAAUUUGAGGUUCUUGGGAUUGUGGGAGAAGGUGCCUAUGGCGUUGUUCUAAAGUGCAGACACAAGGACACCAAUGAAAUUGUGGCUAUCAAGAAGUUCAAAGACAGUGAAGAAAAUGAGGAGGUCAAAGAAACGACGCUGCGCGAGCUCAAGAUGCUACGCGCCCUCAAGCAGGAGAACAUCGUGGAGCUCAAAGAGGCUUUCCGAAGGAGAGGAAAGCUCUACCUGGUCUUUGAGUAUGUGGAGAAGAACAUGCUUGAGCUGCUGGAGGAGCUGCCCAACGGUGUUCCCACCGAGAAGGCGCGAAGCUAUAUCUACCAGCUGAUCAAGGCCAUCCACUGGUGCCACAAACAUGACAUUGUCCACCGCGACAUCAAGCCUGAAAACCUUCUCAUCAGCUCAAAUGACGUCCUCAAGUUGUGUGAUUUCGGCUUUGCACGUAAUCUCUCUGAGGGGACGGACGCCAACUACACCGAGUAUGUGGCCACGAGAUGGUACCGCUCUCCAGAACUCCUCCUCGGGGCUCCGUACGGCAAGGCGGUGGAUAUGUGGUCGGUGGGCUGCAUUUUGGGGGAGCUGAGCGACGGGCAGCCUCUCUUCCCCGGUGAGAGCGAGAUCGACCAGCUCUUCACCAUCCAGAAAGUGUUGGGACCCUUGCCGCCGGAGCAGAUGAAGCUCUUCUACAACAACCCUCGCUUCCACGGGCUGCGGUUUCCUGCUGUUAACCAUCCCCAAACAUUGGAGCGUCGGUACCUGGGAAUCAUCGGCGGAGCCCUGCUGGACUUGUUGAAGAGUCUGCUGCUGCUCAACCCCACCGAGCGCUUCCUGACAGAGCAGAGCCUCAACCACCACGCCUUUCAGACCCUGAGGCUGGUGGAGCGUUCCGGCCCACCCACGCCCACACCUGCACGAUCCUCCAAGAGAAAGCCUCACCAUGGAGACACCACCCCCAGCAGGAGUCAUGGUGGAAAGAGCUCGGGGGGCCAUCGAUCCAGCACCAGAGAGUGCUCCAGCCUGCCCCGCCACGAGGACCUCCACCCCAGCAACGACGGCUUCCUCAACGGCAACAUGCCGGCGGCCAUCAACCUGAGUCCCACGUUGCACCCCAAGAGCUACCAGCCAUCGCUCUUCAACCACUCCACCUCCUGCAGCAUGGACCUGGCCGCCGCCAACCUGCCCCACCUGCUCAGUCCCAGUGAGGCCAAAGGCAAGGGCGACUUUGACGUCAGCCUGGGCGCCAAGGGCUCAGACGGGCCUGGGGCCAAGUACCUCAAGUCCAACUUUCGCUCACAGCAGCACCGCCAUUCCUUCGUGGAGGGGAAGACCAACACCCUCCAGUCGGGGGACAAACACAGCCAGCACGGCUACAUGGAAGCUCACGCGCCCUCCUCUUCCAAGUUCUCCUACCUGAACCUGUCCAAGAGUUACGGCACGCUCAGCGACGCCAAGUCAGUGGGGAAUUUGAAUGACGUCCACCUUUACGCUGAUGAGCCCGCCACUCGCUAUUUCCCCUCCAGCUGCCUGGACCUCACGGCCCCCAGCAGUCCUGCGAUACGCAGGAUAGACCGCCUGGGUGCCAGAGGAAGCAUGCGGUCAGACCGUGAGAGCAACACCCUGGACUCCUCCUACAGGCGCUCGUCCAUCCGCCACAAGCCCUCAGAGGAGGCCAAGUCGCCAGAUAGUCUCGAGCCAGGGGAGGGUGGCGUGGACAGGAGCCACGCCCACUCCCUGUCCGCUCCACAUGACCAGCUGUCCUACGGGCAAGGCUACACCAGCCCUUUCUCCUCUCAACAAAGGCCGCACCGCCACUCCAUGUACGUACGCAGGGACCACCAGAGGACUCACGGGGCCGAGGAAGGUCUGCUGGUGGGACAAGGCGCCCCCACGCGGGCUAGCAGCCUGCAGCUGCUGUCCCCUCAACUGCAGCAUCGCACGUUGCCUCAUCACUCUGCCUCCAGGGAGGAGGACAUGAGCAGGGUGGGCUUGUAUAACGAGUCUCAGGCGGAUGACAGUGCCUCCUCCAAGGAGAACCGUAACAUCUACAGUGAGUCCAUGCCUCGCAGGGUGGGCAGCUUCUACAGAGUUCCGUCUCCUCGGCCAGACAACUCCUUCCAUGAUGGCCGUGGGCGGGGGUCAGUCAUGGCGGGCGACGGUGGAAACAUGGCCAACCACUCCAAGCGCCAGCCGGCCUUUGACCCCUGGACGGGUCCAGACACGGUGGUGCUGAAUCCCGCUGAGCCAUCCAAGGAAAAAGAAAAGCAGGGUUUCUUCAGAGCAAUGAAGAAGAAAAAGAAAAAACCUCAAAUGGUCCCCAGCGAGGAGGUGGUCCUGCAGAAGACGUCCAGGUCUCACCAGAGCGGCCGCCACCGGGGCCGUGACAAGAGCAGAGAGCGGGACCAGGAUCGAGAGCGGGACAAGGACUGGCCAGAGAAGCUAGCCGAUUCCCACUCACCGAGCCAACCCCUCAAGUCGCUGCGCAAGCUCCUCCAUCUUUCAUCCUCCUCGUCCCCCAACCAGACGGCGUCCGGUGACAUGCGCUACCAGCCGCUGCCCAGCGCCGCCAACGCUCAAGGGCGGGGUCACUCGGGGCUCGCCACCCCCCAGCUGAAGAGCAGACAGUCUGCCUACCCGCUGCCCAGUCAGCUGGAGCCCGGCUGGCACGCGUCCGCCUUGGGCCGCCCCGAAGGCAACCCCUAUCCCGAGCAGAUGGGCGUCAAAGGGGGCCAGAACGGGCACGGCUUUGGACGCCCCUCCCGCUCUCGCAUGGCCAACCUCAAUGACCUUAAGGAGACGGCGCUGUGAAGGCCAGAAUACACACACACACACACACACACACAGUGUCUGGGGGCGUGAAAUGAGGCCAGGUUCACAUAUGUCUCAUGUGAAUGAGACAAAAUGUCCCACAAUGAAGGUGUGAAGUUGUCCCACACAAGAAGACACUAAAGCUUCAAGAGUUUUUUUUAAAGGCUUCCAUGUUUGAUAGACUUUAUAAAAUGACUAGAUUUAUUUAUAUAUUGAAUAUAAAUGUACAUGUACAAUAUGGAAAUGCAUAGACAAGGUGUAGAUUGAAAGUGUAUUUUUGUUUUGAAUAUAUACAGUAUCUAUACAGUAUAUAUAUAUAUAUAUAUAUAUAUAUACAUACACAGUAUAUUGUAGACUUGAUUUCUUCCAGUCGUCCGUGACGUCAUCCUGCCACCAGUCAGCUAUUAUCAUUCCAUUCCAUUCCACCUUCCUUUUAUUACUUUAACUUGAUACUGUAUGCCACACCGCCCUCUGGAGGAAGUAAGCCGUUACUGCACGGCCCUCACAAUACUGUACUACAGCCAUUAGAGCAACCUUCUUUCUUCAGUUGCUUGUUGAUUUCAAUGCCUGCUACAAUCAAUAAAAGGUGCAUCAUUUGUUUGGACAAAUACAAUGAUGACAACAAAAA